AUGAGUAUAAAUUAUAGAAGAUUACUUAAAGAAGACUUAGACAAACCAUGUCAAGAUUUAGCCCUAUACCUGCUUGGAAAAGUGCUAGUUCGGAAAUUAGAUCAUAAUACAAUUCUAAAAGGAAGAAUUGUUGAAACAGAAUGUUACUUAGGAGGUGAAGAUAAAGCAUCACAUUCCUUUAAUGGCAGACGAACAGAAGCUAACGAACCAAUGUAUAUGCCUAUUGGAACAUGUUACGUUUAUAUGACUUAUGGAAUGUAUUAUUGCUUUAAUAUAUCCAGCAAAGAACCAGGUGCUGCAGUUUUAUUAAGAGCCUUAGAACCUUUGGAAGGCAUGGAAGUGAUGGAAAAAUUUAGAGUUCAAAAAACUAAAAGUAAUAACACCAAAUCUCUUAAAAUUGCCAAAUUAUGCGAUGGACCAUCGAAAUUAUGUAUCGCUUUUGAUAUAAAGAAAGAAAAUGUCAAUAAAAUUAAUUUAACAGAUCUCAAAAAUGAUUCGUUAUGGCUUGAGGAUGAUCCAUUUUAUGAUGAUUUUAAAGUGAUACAUAGUGCACGUAUCGGCAUUAACAGAGCUGAAGAAUGGAAUACUAAACCUUUACGAUUUUAUAUUUUAAAUAAUGAAAGUGUUAGUAAAAGGAAUAAAACGGCUGAACGGCAAUUUGAAGAAAACCAAUUUGAUUAA